CCGUCUUCCUUCCUUCUCGAGAGCAGAUCCAAAUAGUCGUCAGCGUUCCACCGACGUCUUGGAGUAGAUAAUUCGAAAUGGGUGCUUACAAGUAUCUCGAAGAGCUGUACAAGAAGAAGCAAUCGGAUGUUCUCCGGUUCCUUCUCCGCGUCCGCUGUUGGGAAUACCGGCAAUUGAAUGUCAUCCACCGGGCAUCCCGUCCCUCCCGCCCGGACAAGGCUCGUCGCUUGGGAUACAAGGCCAAGCAGGGCUAUGUCAUCUACCGCAUCCGAGUUCGCCGCGGUAACCGUAAGAGGCUUGCACCUAAGGGCCAGGUUUAUGGUAAGCCCGCUAGCCAGGGUAUCAGUGAGCUCAAGUACCAGCGAGCAGCUCGUGCUACGGCGGAAGAACGCGUCGGUCGCAAGUGCCCUAACUUGCGCGUUUUGAACUCGUACUGGGUGAACCAGGACGCUACCUACAAGUUCUUCGAGGUUAUCCUGGUGGACCCCCAGCACAAGGCCAUCCGUCGCGAUCCCCGCAUCAACUGGAUCGUGAAGCCCGUGCACAAGCACCGUGAGUCUCGCGGUCUCACUGCUAUUGGCAAGAAGAAUCGUGGCAUUGGCAAGGGCCACUUGCACAACAAAGUCAGGGGUGGUGGUCGCUACGCCAGCUGGCUCCGUCGCAACACUUUGUCUCUCCGUCGCUACCGUUAAGAUCAUUGUUAUGGCGGUGUAUAUUACAGCGUCAUCAAUAAUAAUAAGAUUUCGCCUACAUCCGUACA